GCUCGUAUCAUCAGUCCAGGCACUCGUUGGAAGAUGGGUACCAAACUGUGGGCUUUAGUUCUCUUAGUCACAUUGCCUUCGGGCUUAUUAGCACAGGAUGUAAUUUUAGAUGAUGGAGACGAUUCUAUAAGUUCUGCUCAAGCCUUAGCCCAAUCAGUUGCUGAGGGAGAUGACGAUGGCGGCUUAGGACUAUCAAACGCCUACGCAAGUUCAAUAGCUCAAUCUGGCGCGGACGGAUAUGGUGGGGACAGCGGAGCUCAGUCUCUGGCCAACGCCUAUUCUCUGUCGGGUGGCGAUGGAUACGGCGAUGAUGGGUACUCACAAUCUCAAGCACUGGCAAAUGCUUACAGUGGAGCUGGCGGAGAUGGGUCAAAUUCAAUAGCUUCAGCUAACGCUGCCAGCAGAGCUGGUGGAAAAGGACGAAAUGUAGCACAAUCUCAAGCCAUCGCAAGAGCUGCUAAUCAAGGUUAUGGACAAAGUGGUGCCCAAGCAGGAUCAUAUGCGCUCUCAGGAGGACAAGGCAGAGGAAGUAGCUAUGGACAAAGUUCAGCACAAACAAGAGCGAGUGCAGGAGGCGGCAAAGGCGGUUACGGCCAAAGUACGGCCCAGGCUGGCUCAUACGCAGGGUCAGGCUCAGGAGGCAGAAGAGGAUUGUACAGAAAUCCAUUCUGGGGCUUCGGUGAAGGAACAUAUUUUGGACCACGAGGAAGAUUUGGCUCACAACCGUCCCGCUCCAUGGCAUCAGCCAACGCUGCAGCUGGUAGCAGAGGUGGCAAGUCCCAAUCACAAGCAAUGGCUAAUUCUUAUGCGGCAAGUCGAAACCAACCAAUACGGCGCAGACCAAUAAUAAUAAGACCCGAACCAGAUAUCGUAACCGAUGGCACUGAAGGUAACGAUGACAAUCAGAUGGGAUCUCAAGGUAACCAACCUAAACCGAGCCCGUCGCCAAAGAACGCAGGCGGUCAAGGUGGAUCCCCAGGAGGACAGGGAUCUCAGGGUAGCCAGCCUGAACCGAGCCCGGCACCAAAGAACCCAGGAGGUCAAGGAGGACAGGGAUCUCAGGGUAACCAACCUGAACCAAGCCCGGCACCAAAGAACACAGGAGGUCAAGGCGGAUCUCAAGGUAGUCAACCAGAAUCGAAUCAAAACGUUCCAGGGAAGAAAGUAGUGACAACUAUUACUACUUCAUCUGGAUCUACAAGCGUUGCGUCUGGACAAGGAGGGUCAGCUACUUCAUCAGGCUCCUCAGAAAAUAGCAGUCAAGACGGGAAAAAUUCUCAAUCGACAACUAAGACAUCAGGCACUUCUUCAGGAAAUGCUUCAGGUGCCUCAGCCGCUGGUACAUCAUCAACAACAAACGAAUCAUCUGAAACCGGACAACCAGGAGGAGAUAACACAUUGCCCAAAAUUCAAGUAGGCAAGACAACUAUAAUCAUAGGCGACUCUUCUGGUUCUCAAAGUGUUGUGGUGUCUGGACAAGGAGGAACAGCUACUACUUCGGGAUCCACAGAAGCCAACACUAAAGAUGGAGGCAAAUCUACGAACUUAACAUCACAGACCUCAGGCACUUCUUCAGGGAAUGCUAAAGCUGGCUCGACCUCUGGGGGUUCAACACAAGUCAUCAAUAUAACGGAAACCGGUGAAAUAACAACUGGCAAUGUACCAAACAAGAAUGCAACUCAAGGACAGGGUGGGUCCCCAGGCAGUGAACCAAGCAAGAAUGCAACCCAAGGACAGGGUGGGUCCCCAGGCAGUGAACCAAGCAAGAAUGCAACUCAAGGACAGGGAGGUUCCCCAGGCAGUGAACCAAGCAAGAAUGCAACCCAAGGACAGGGUGGCUCCCCAGGCAGUGAACCAAGCAAGAAUGCAACUCAAGGACAGGGAGGUUCCCCAGGCAGUGAACCAAGCAAGAAUGCAACCCAAGGACAGGGUGGGUCCCCAGGCAGUGAACCAAGCAAGAAUGCAACUCAAGGACAGGGUGGGUCCCCAGGCAGUGAACCAAGCAAGAAUGCAACCCAAGGACAGGGUGGGUCCCCAGGCAGUGAACCAAGCAAGAAUGCAACUCAAGGACAGGGAGGUUCCCCAGGCAGUGAACCAAGCAAGAAUGCAACCCAGGACAGGGUGGCUCCCCAGGCAGUGAACCAAGGUGGGUCCCCAGGCAGUGAACCAAGCAAGAAUGCAACCCAAGGACAGGGUGGAUCUCAAGGAGGGCAGGGGGUAUCCCAAGGUAGUCAACCAGGAUCAAAUGAAAAUGUCCCAGGGAAGAAAGUAGUGACAACCAUUACUACUUCAUCUGGAUCUACAAGCGUUGUGACGUCUGGACAAGGAGGAUCAGCUACUACAUCAGGCUCCUCAGAAGGUAGCAGUCAAGACGGGAAAAAUUCACAAUCGACAACUAAGACAUCAGGCACUUCUUCAGGAAAUGCUUCAGGUGGCUCGAUCGCGGGUACAUCAACAACAUCACACGAAACAUCUGAAACGGGACAAUCAGGAGGAGAUAACACUCCGGGCAAGACAGUUAUAAUCAUACGCGACUCUUCUGGUUCUCAAAGUGUUGUGGUGUCCGGACAAGGAGGAACAGCUACUACUUCGGGAUCCACAGAAGCCAACACUAACGAUGGCGGCAAAUCUACAAAAUUAACAUCUCAGACCUCAGGCACUUCUUCAGGGAAUGCUAAAGCUGGCUCGACCUCUGGGGGUUCAACACAAGUCAUCAAUAUAAGCGAAACCGGAGAAAUAACAACUGGCAAUGAACAAACUGGAGGAAAGGGUGGCUCUCCAAGCAGUGAACCAAGCAAGAAUGCAACCCAAGGACAGGGUGGGUCCCCAGGCAGCGAACCAAGCAAGAACGCAACUCAAGGACAGGUGAACCAAGCAAGAAUGCAACCCAAGGACAGGGUGGGUCCCCAGGCAGUGAUCCAAGCAAGAAUGCAACUCAAGGACAAGGUGGGUCCCCAGGCGGUGAACCAAGCAAGAAUGCAACCCAAGGACAGGGCAGUGAACCAAGCAAGAAUGCAACUCAAGGACAAGGUGGGUCCCCAGGCGGUGAACCAAGCAAGAAUGCAACCCAAGGACAAGGUGGCACUCCAGGCAGUGAACCAAGCAAGAAUGCAACACAAGGACAGGGUGGGUCCCCAGGCAGUGAACCAAGCAAGAAUGCAACCCAAGGACAGGGUGGGUCCCCAGGCAGCGAACCAAGCAAGAACGCAACUCAAGGACAGGGUGGGUCCCCAGGCAGUGAACCAAGCAAGAAUGCAACCCAAGGACAGGGCAGUGAUCCAAGCAAGAAUGCAACUCAAGGACAAGGUGGGUUCCCAGGCGGUGAACCAAGCAAGAAUGCAACAAGGACAGGGUGGGUCCCCAGGCAGUGAACCAAGCAAGAAUGUAACCCAGGACAGGGUGGGUCCCCAGGCAGUGAACCAAGCAAGAAUGCAACCCAAGGACAGGGGUGGGUCCCCAGGCAGUGAACCAAGCAAGAAUGCAACUCAAGGACAAGGUGGGUCCCCAGGCGGUGAACCAAGCAAGAAUGCAACCCAGGACAGGAUGGGUCCCCAGGCAGUGAACCAAGCAAGAAUGCAACCCAAGGACAGGGGUGGGUCCCCAGGCAGCGAACCAAGCAAGAAUGCAACCCAAGGACAGGGUGGGUCCCCAGGCAGCGAACCAAGCAAGAACGCAACUCAAGGACAGGGUGGGUCCCCAGGCAGUGAACCAAGCAAGAAUGCAACCCAAGGACAGGGUGGGUCCCCAGGCAGUGAACCGAGCAAGAAUGUAACCCAAGGACAGGGUGGCUCCCCAGGCAGUGAACCAAGCAAGAAUGCAACCCAAGGACAGGGUAGUGAACCAAGCAAUAAUGCAACCCAAGGACAGGGUGGAUCUCAAGGAGGGCAGGGGGUAUCCCAAGGUAGUCAACCAGGAUCAAAUGAAAAUGUUCCAGGGAAGAUAGUAGUGACAACCAUUACUACUUCAUCUGGAUCUACAAGCGUUGUGACGUCUGGACAAGGAGGAUCAGCUACUACAUCAGGCUCCUCAGAAGGUAGCAGUCAAGACGGGAAAAAUUCACAAUCGACAACUAAGACAUCAGGCACUUCUUCAGGAAAUGCUUCAGGUGGCUCGAUCACGGGUACAUCAACAACAUCAAACGAAACAUCUGAAACGGGACAAUCAGGAGGAGAUAACACUCCGGGCAAGACAGUUAUAACCAUACGCGACUCUUCUGGUUCUCAAAGUGUUGUGGUGUCUGGACAAGGAGGAACAGCUACUACUUCGGGAUCCACAGAAGCCAACACUAAAGAUGGAGGCAAAUCUACGAACUUGACAUCUCAGACCUCAGGCACUUCUUCAGGAAAUGCCAAAGCUGGCUCGACCUCCGGGGGUUCAACACAAGUCAUCAAUAUAAGCGAAACCGGAGAAAUAACAACUGGCAAUGAACCAAACAAGAAUGCAACUCAAGGACAGGGUGGGUCCCCAGGCAGUGAACCAAGCAAGAAUGCAACCCAAGGACAGGGUGGCUCCCCAGGCAGCAGCCAACCAGGCAAGAAUGCCACUCAGCAGGGUGGCUCCCCAGGCAGCCAACCAGACAAGAAUGCCACUCAGCAGGGUGGCUCCCCAGGCAGUCAACCAGGCAAGAAUGCCACUCAGCAGGGUGGCUCCCCAGGCAGUCAACCAGGGUGGGUCCCCAGGCAGUGA